UCCCCCAUCCCCAACAGUAACCGAGGCAUUCGACCAGAGGUUUUGCUCCGUUCGUGUGAAAACCCAUGGCUCCCAUUUGCUUAUCCUACCCUUUGGAUCGUCUCUCUUCUUUGAUUCGAGUGCGCAGCGCAGAGCAACUCCCCUGCUCCGAACUUUUUUGAGCAUCCGUAUGGCUGAGCGUCUGCGAUGCAGAAAGACCGCAUUCUUUUUUUUGUCCUUCUGCCGUCAUGGCUAGCGAAAAGAUUAUUGACCGUCAUGUAGGAGUUUGUGACGAAGGUUCAUGUGAGCGGUUAGGCUAGCGUGAGAUUCUGAAUGCCGUUGGGCUACGCGUUUUGAUGUGUUCGUGUUCUGUAGUUUUGGCUAUACAUACGUCGAGGGAUGUAGGUGCAUUACGAUCUCUAUUCCAUACUUUUCACUCUCCUGUUUAGAUUUAGCGUGUGAAUUCGUGUGGGCACAUUUAACUUGCAAUUAUGCCGUUAGUUUAUGGUAAAUUGUUUUAGACCUUCAUUUGCGUGAGUGUGUGGUCAAAAAGGCACCCUUAUACGGUGUCGUUAGCUUAGCAGCACCCUUAGGAGAAAUUGUUAAGCUGAGGUAAUAAAUGCUUAAAUUUUUAUUCAGGAAACAUGGCCGAGGAUUCUGUCCAUGUGAAUGAGUAUCAAGAAUUGGCUAGGCAAGCCCUUCCAAAAAUGUGCUAUGAUUUUUAUGCCGGGGGAGCAGAAGACCAGUGUACACUUCAAGAAAACACGGAAGCCUUUUGCAGAAUAACGUUUAGGCCGAGAAUCCUCAUUGAUGGGAGCAAAAUUAGUUUGUUGACUACUCUAUUGGGCUAUCACGUUUCUGCCCCCGUUAUGAUUGGUCCAACUGCUAGGCAUAAGUUAGCACAUCCUGAAGGAGAGGUUGCCACCGCAAGAGCAGCUGCUGCAUGUAAUGUCAUCAUGAUUCUUUCAUAUAUGUCCACGUGCACUGUAGAAGAGGUCGCGUCCAGCUAUGAUGCCAUUCGAUUCUUUCAAAUAUAUGUAUACAAGAGACGGGAUAUUACAGCUCGGCUAGUACAAAGAGCUGAAAGAAGUGGAUCCAAAGCUAUUGUUCUUACUGUUGAUGUUCCCAGACUUGGCAGAAGGGAGGCAGACAUAAAGAACAAGUAAAAUGCUUUCCUCUACCUCUCUCGCUCACCCAUCCCCAUAGGGCAUGGAUAUCAUGGUCAUGAACAAAGUUCGGGUACAGUUAAACUCUCUCUCUCUCUUUCUCUAUGACAGAAUGAUAGCAUCUCAGUUGAAGAAUUUUGAAGCAAUCAAGACAGUGGAAGCAGGUGCUGCUGGGAUAAUUGUCUCCAACCAUGGAGCUCGACAGCUAGAUUAUACUCCAGCC